UGUCACAUAUGGGUCGCACGGGCCAGAAUUCAAUUAUCUCGGUGCUGACAAUUGAUAUGCAGUGAGAGUCAUCCACGCACCUGAUAAACACAUGAUAUAUAUUCACGACACUGUGUUGUCUGUAUGCAGGACAGGCAGAAUAACAAAAUGUCUUGUGAAUCCGACGCGACUCUAUUCGCGUCAGAUGCGAGUAAGACGGAUGUCAUAACCCUUACAGACGCCAUUACACGUGAGGGAAUCUCCAAUGAAGAGGUCAUCAAGAUAUAUGAAACCUGGGCCAGUACAUAUGAUCAACACGUCGAAACCGCCCACAACCAAAGCUACAACAACGCCAUCGGAGAAAUCAGAAAGCUUGGUCUGAAGAAGGAUGUUCGUAUCAUGGACAUUGCUUGCGGUACGGGGAGACUUGGUGAAGAGUUGGCGAAAAUUGGUUUCACCAAUCUGGACGGACUCGACGGGAGUCAGGAGAUGCUGGAGAAGGCCAAGGAGCGAAAUAUCUACAAUCGGUUGAUGACGGUAUUGUUUGGGGCAGAGCCUGUUCGCGGCAUUGAGGAUGAUACAUAUGGUGUGUGUAUAGCGAUUGGAUGCUUCACUGUGGGACAUUUGGAGUCGGACUGUAUGCAAGAGAUCAUCAGGAUGACCCAGCCAGGUGGCCAUGUUGUGAUGCAGAUCAGUGAUCAUGGACUGGCUGGCGUCGCUGGCUUCCAGGAAACAGUCGAUGCCCACAUCGCGGCGAAGAAAUGGAAACUCGUCUCCAGCACGCGGAUUACUCUUUACGACAACAUGGAGGGGACAAUAUUCACCUUCCAAGUGUUAUGAUUGACCAAUCAAAUGGCAUGAGUGGGUCUGGUCUAGUGUUGGGGUUGAGAAUGUGAAAGGUUUUGGUGUACACCAUCAACAAGGUAACAUCAUCACCGUACCCACACUUGACAAACCAGUGUAGAAGAAGAAAAUGACCCCCUGGAAAAGGUGCCCGGCCCAUUGCAUCAGGACGGAUUAUGGUAAAUGGUAGUAGAGAGACCAUGGGCGUCAACACCUUAGAGAUUGAAAGCGCAUAAUAAAAUCCUUGAUUCGCCGGACAUUCUUUCGAAGGACAUUUCAAACUUCUACACCAGUUUAUCAUCGUUGUCGGCAAAGACAGCACAUGCAAUCGUGGCAUAAAGGUCUGUAGUAUACAGGGUGCAUCAAAGAGAAUGCAAAUAUCAUUGUCAUUGAAUAUUCAUUCUAUGUUAUUGGCCAAUAAAGUUGCAGGCGCUGUCGAUA